AUGAAAUUCUUUACAAAAAGUAAUACAGCAGACAGUCAAAGUUCAAAUAAUAGUUUAAAUGGGUUUUACAAUAAAUCCUAAACUACAAAAGGUAGUUCUGGCUUGAGUUUGUUUACAAACAAUGCUUUAAAAAAUACAUAAACAGAUAUUGAUGAAGAAAAUAAUGGUUUACUAAGUAGGGCAUUUAGGAAGUUCAAAGACAAUUUUAAAAAUACUGUAUCAAGCUCAUAAAAUAAUUUAAAGGGUUUGACAAAUAAGAUGCAAGAAGUCUAAGAAGCAGCUGAAAACUGGAAGAAUUUCUCAAUAUUAUUUGGCUUUGGUGCAUUUUUUAUUUUAGUAUCAUUAGCAUUCUUGCCCGUUUUUGUUUUAGUCCCUGCUAAAUUUGCAAGUCUCUUUACUCUAGGAAGUGUUUGUAUUCUUUUAAGUAUAGCAGUUAUGAAAGGUUUUAAGGAAUUCGUAAAGAUCCUUAUUUAAAAAGAAAAAAUAUAGUAUUCAAUUGCAUAUAUUAUUACGAUUUUUGGCACUUUGUACUUCUCGAUCAUUUAGAAAUCUUAUUUAUUGGCAAUUAUCUUUUCAGUGGCUCAGAUGUUUUCUUUAGGAUUUUUCGUUGCUUCAAGCUUUCCAGGAGGAGCAAAUGGCAUGAAAUUUGUGACCAAAAAGCUAUUUGGCUUUUUAAAAGGAAUAUGUUGCAUGUGUUUUAAGCCAAAGGAAAGUUCUUUUUUACCAAUAUGA